AUGAGUACCAACAUAAUCCAGGACAUCGAAGCCCAAAUUUCACGGAGAGUAUCGCGGACCUUCAAGCGCUGGCUUCAUAAUACUCGGUCGUUCGUUACGUUACAGCCAUUGAAUUUACAUCGCCUGGCUCCAGGUUACCCACAAUUCUCAGCACUCAUAGGGGCACACCCAGCAUUCAGCAUUGCUCGACAGUUCUGUACAGUUCGAGCACGGUUAUUAUUGAUGAAACAGAACCGUGUCUCUGACCUAGAAUCGAAACUUGAACGUAUAGACACCCAAGAGCAGCGCCCGCUGUUUCUGGGAACUUUCCAAGCGGACGGAAAUACCGAGAGGCGGCAAACUUUAGAAGCUCUUGACCGCGCGCUCGCAGAGUACGAUGCACUUCUAGAGAGGAAUGCGAGAGUCUUGCAAUUGCCGACAGCUUCUGAGAGAAACAUAUCUAGUCUCCGGAAUUGGGUCACUGGAACGGGUAACAUUUACCGAAGCGAAACAAAGUUCCUCUAUGAGCCCGACCUCUGCGCUGUUGGGUACCGCGAGAAUUAUGGGAUGGUUUGGUUAGAGUCGUUAGUCGAGAUCAUUAUCAUUAGGCUCUUGCGAUGUUUUCAGAAAGAGUCUCGGCGCGGUCGAAUUUUUGUCUUCUCUAGAAGUAUGCUCCGAGCCUUAACGAGUUCUCUUAUCACGGCGUUUGUCCUCGUGCUAUUGCUCAUUCCCAUUGUGGUCAUUCCAUCGGUUGAAAGUACAGGCUACCAAAUGUUCUGCAUCUUAAUAGCUUCUAUGCUAUUUAUAAUCACGUUAUCCGGGCCCAUGAACGCAAAGCCAGCUGAAAUUUUUGGCGCGGGUGCGACGUAUGCUGCUUUGCUGGUUGUCUUCCUAAUAGUUCCCAAGAAUAGCAGAUAA